AAAUGGUUUGAUGUUACUGAUGGCAUAUUUUUGAAUUAUGGCUGGGAUACAAAGCAGCUGGCGAAUAGUGCGACACGAGCGAAACUUCGGCACCGAAAUGUUUUUGUGGGAGUUGACUGCUUCGGUCGUGGUUGUUUCGGUGGCGGAGGUUGGAACUGUCAUGAAGCUUUCAAGCAAGUGCGAUGGCACGAUCUUUCAGUAGCUCUGUUUGCGCCAGGAUGGAUCGUUGAACAGAUGCCGCAUCGGGAUAUAAUCGUCAACUCCCUUCGGUCUCUUUUCUCUGUUCAAUGGUUUUGGGAUCGUCUGAUUUCGUACGUGCACCCACAUCCACUGACUACACUUCCAUUGGAGACGAAUUUUAGUCACGGAUACAUUCAAGAUGGUGAAAAUAAGCGCUACAAUAUGUCGACGGCAAAAUUGCAACCGCAUUAUCUUGCGACCGGUGUUUUCCCAAAAUCCGGCGGCGUUCAUCUAAUUCUUCCCGGCCCUGGUCAGUACAAGUUAGUUAAUUUCAAAUUUCUCAGACCAAUGCAUUUCUAA